UGGGAAGAUGGGAAAAAGAAAGCACCAACAUCACCACGAGGACGACGAAGCUCUGGGCGAUAGUGAGGCUUCUGUUGCUGCUUCAAGUUCAACAAACAGGAAUGACGAUUUCUUCGUUUCCCCACCUUUAAAAUGGAGCAAGCGAGAAAUAAGUUCGAUUGACGGAGACAAUAUUGGAAUAAAUGGAACAUCAGAACAUUUCCCUACAAAAUUAAAUGGACAUAUUCAAGAGAAUGAAGUCAAGAAAGCAAUUUGGCUUGUGAGGAAACCGAAGAAUAUGCCAAUUGAACAAUUAAAUGGAUUGAGAUUUUCGAGAAAGCCCAAAUAUAGCACACAGGAAUUUUCAAUGGAAAAUGACGGAAAUGAAAGAAGUACAAAAUUUGAGUGUCGACUUGCACGUCCGACAUGUGCAAUGUUACAUGCAACGUCUGAAGAAACUAGCAAUCAAAAGCCAAAAAUGAUUCCAGGUAAUUUCAUCAGAGGUACAGCUUGGAUUGGCGAGAACUUAUCAAUAGAAAGUUGUACCAGUUCUAGCGCUGCAACAACUUCUAGCGAAAUGUCAUUUCUAACGGGUAUAGAUGAAUUUCAAGAUCCAGAAAUUAACAAAAUUCAAUUUCAUUCCAUUCGGCGUAAACCGCGAUUAAAUUUGAAAAAAUUGAAAGAACGAUUAAAACCACAUGGAGUGCUACAAAUUGAUGAGGAUGAAGAGGAACAAGACGAAGAAAUACAAGAAGAUAUAAAACCAAAUGUUGAAAUGAUGAGAAAAAAGCAAAAAUUGAAAUGA